CCGGAGCGGCACAUAGUACGGACCGGGGACCGCGGCUCGCGCGUUCACGCCUCGGCGCUGACGGUUCAGUCAGUCACCGAUAUUUCUCCUCCUCCCGACUCCGGGGGCACGUACGUUUGCUUUCCCCCGCGCUUGUAAGAUGUAAACCAGCGUCCGUGUGAGUCGGAGGCCGUUUUUUCCUUUUUUCCUCCGCCUCCCCCGCCGCAUGCAGACGUCCUCGACGCCGCCGCUUUUAUCCCCAUGUCUGCGCCCGCGCUCCCAAUAGAUGGUGCAAGUCAAAAUGUCCAAAUCGCCCAUGGACCCCCUGUCUGCUGUAGAAACCGGCUCCCAGUCGCACUAUUUCCAGCUGCCCAGAAAGUUGCCUAAACGUAAGAGCCGCUUCAAACGCUCUGAUGGCAGCACAUCGUCUGACACAACAUCCAGCUUCAUCAAACGUCAGGGGUCAGCUGAUUCGUAUACCAGUAGACCGUCGGAUUCAGACCUGUCAGCCGAGGAGGACCGCGAGGCGUAUCGGCGUGAAGCCGAACGCCAGGCACAGCAGCAGCUCGACAGAGCAAAGUCCAAACCUGUAGCAUUUGCAGUAAAGACAAAUGUGAGUUACUGUGGAGCUCUGGAUGAGGACUGUCCAGUCCAAGGAGCUGCAGUCAACUUCGAUGCCAAAGACUUCCUGCACAUCAAAGAAAAAUACAACAAUGACUGGUGGAUCGGCCGGUUAGUGAAGGAGGGCGCUGACAUCGCCUUCAUCCCCAGCCCUCUACGGCUGGAGGCCAUGAGACUCAAACAGGAGCAGAAACAGAGGAAGACGGGAGGCAACUCCUCCAGUUUGGGUGACAUGGUAACUGGGUCGUGGAGGACGACGCCGCCAUCCGCAGGUGAAUCUAAACAGAAGCAAAAACAGGAGCAUGUCCCUCCGUAUGACGUGGUGCCGUCCAUGAGGCCGGUGGUCCUCGUGGGACCAUCGCUGAAGGGCUACGAGGUGACCGACAUGAUGCAGAAAGCUCUUUUUGACUUCCUGAAACACAGAUUUGAGGGAAGAAUCUCAAUCACCCACGUAACUGCUGACCUGUCCUUAGCCAAGAGGUCGGUCCUCAACAAAAGACCAAUAAUGGAGAGAUCCAACACCCGCUCCAGCCUCGCGGAGGUUCAGAGUGAGAUUGAGAGGAUAUUCGAGCUCGCCAAAACUCUGCAGCUGGUGGUUCUGGACGCAGACACCAUCAACCACCCCACGCAACUCGCCAAGACCUCCCUCGCGCCCAUCAUCGUCUACGUUAAAGUUUCCUCGCCCAAGGUGCUGCAGAGGCUGAUCAAAUCCAGGGGGAAGUCUCAGAGCAAGCACCUGAAUGUGCAGAUGAUGGCUGCUGAUAAACUAUCUCAGUGCCCCCCUGAUAUGUUUGACGUAAUUUUGGAUGAGAACCAGCUGGAAGACGCGUGUGAGCAUCUGUCCGAGUACCUGGACGUCUACUGGCGCGCCACUCACCUGCCGGGCAACACCCCCCUCAAUCCGUUACUGGAGCAGAGUCUAAUGACCCCGCCCUCGGCCAUCUCCAGUCUGCAGCAGAACAAGAAUCAGGUACAGCCCCACGAGGCGGUGGGCUUGCAGGUGGAUGAGGAGGAGGAGGAGGAGGCUGGCGAGGAGGCCCACUCCCCCCUGGAGCAGGACAGUCUCAUGCCAUCCGACGAGGCUAGUGACUCUCUGUCCCGCGGCCACAGGGGGAGCCCGUGUCAUCGGGGGGUGGAGGAGGAGGAGGAGGAGGAGGAGGAGGAAGAGGAGGAGGAAGAGGACGGCUACGCCUCCCCCUGCCAUGCUCGCACGUACAGGGACAUGUACCCCUCCCACCACGGGCACGCGGGCAGCGCCCACAGCACCAACGGGCACGAGUCCCAGGACAGGCUGCUCCAGCGUGAAGCUCAGCAAGGUCACAACCAGAGAAACAACCGCCAGCGAAGCCGCCCCUGGCCCCGAGACAACUACUGAAACGGGGGCCACUCCCGGCCUCCAGGUCGCAAUCAAAACCCCCCCACGGCCCUUCAACUGCCACACAGCCCCAAACAAGCGAUUCAGAGGUGAAACACCUUUCCAAAAGUCAGCUCAAAACUUUCCUGGCAGAAACAGAUAUCCACUUUGUUAUCCAGAAACCCAGCUAUCAAUCCUCCAGACCUCCAAGUUUGUGUAAACCGAGGGAUGCCCCCGCAUCUUGGGGGGGGGGGGGGGUCAUCUCCUUUAGAUUAAAGUCAACAGGGCUACUCCCCCUGCAACAGAGAGGUUUCAGGCUACCAGCUGUACGUAAACUCAAUCUUUAGCUGCUUCGCCUAAGGUUUUCCUCUCCUAGGAUGUCUCAUGUACCGGCCUUAAAAUUCCUAAGACUUCUAUCUUUACUAUUGCAUGUAUAAUUAUUUUAAGACUAUUUGCACAUUACGGUUGACCAGGAAGUGAAUGAUGUUUAUGGCAAAACUAUUGUAGGAAUGUCCUGUGUUGAAUCCAUUUUUGGGUAAUAGUAAUGUAUUUGAUUAUAUUGUAUAUAUUGUAUGGGCACCCAGUUUUUUUGUUUCAUUGCUACUUUCUUUGUUUGACUUUGCUGAUGUGGACUUGUUUGUUGCCAUCCAGUCCAGUCCCUGAACAGUCACAAUGUAAGGCUGCAAUGUGCCACCUGAGGGGCAUCACUCGUCUUUGCUGUUGCACAAUCACUCUCUCUCCGACACCUCGAUAAAUCUAAACUGGGCAAACGGAAUGUAAAUGUAAUCAAGGAAAGGGGAAGGUUUUUAGAUAUUUCAAGGGUUGAAUCAUUUGCCAAAACACUUGUUUACAUCGACUCAUUCACACGAGCACACGCUGCACGGCUGCAGCUCCUCUUCAAGUCCAAGCUUCACAGAAUGUAAGCUCGCAUGCCUUUUGCACCUCUUGCACCACCUGGUGACACAAACCGUCUCACCCCAUCAUUCGAUUGUAGCACGUUAUUGAUUGUAGCAUCCAAUAUUCCCACACUGAUUGCACCCUGUGUGUGUGCGUGUGUGUGUAUGUGUGUGUGUGUGACAUCACAUCACGUCCAUGUACUGCAGUUUUAACAGCUGGUUUAAAAAAAAAAAAAAAAGGUGGAUCCUCAGGUGUAAGUCCCACACACCCGUCACGCUCAACUUCACGUCGGGCUCCCGGAGGACUCGUAGCACGCGUGACGCAGCGUCACUCUGUUCCUGCACCAUUUCCAGUCCAUGAGCCAAUGACGUGACGUUUGACGUGAGGCUGGCGGGCCCAGAGCCCUUUUCAUUUGGUUUUGUUUUUGUACACGGGGUCAGUGUUUACCGGUUUUACUGCUUCUAUGUCUCACUGGUAUUUAUCAAGUGUUCUAUAUAUUUUGAAGAGAAAAUAAUAAGCAUGAUGAAAAAAAAAAAGAGAAAAAAAUCUAUGCAAGUGUUGCAUGAAAUCUGAUCGUUUACGUUUGAUUUAUUUUCUUGGUUAAGUAUUUUAGUAAUGCACAGAUUCUGACUCUUGUCGUCUUGUGAUGGUCUUGUCUUUGGGGCUACUCACUCCUCGCACCACAAACAUGACUAAAAAUGAGCUUCCCUCUUCGCACACACACCUCACACACCUCGUUGAAGCACUUCUAGGAGUCACUCACUAUAAAUAGUCCCAGAUCAAGGCUGCGGUUUGUUUAUUUAGUUUUAUUUUUUCCAAUUAGUGAUAAAAGGAGCGAGUGAAUUAUCAAAUCCUUGCAUGUCUUAGUUCACCGAUGAGCUUCUUUCGUUGUAUUUUGGCAGAGUAUGUUUUUCAAAGCGGACCAAUAUAGCAACUGAUAAAAAAGCGGUUGAGGUUUUUUCCGAUUUAUGAAGCACAAUUUUUACAAUGGUUAUAAUUUAGUUUUCUGUCUUAUUCUGUAUGCAAUAUGAAGCCUAACAUUGAAAAACUAUAAACGCCUUAGACCAUCUGGACUUCCUUUUUUCGUGUGAGUAGUUUAAAAACUAAAAAAAAAACUUAAAAAAAAAAAAACGACUAAAUGAUUGCACUACUUUGUUUUCGGGAUGGUUGCUUUGUAAUGCAAUAACUGCACUAAAUAUAACCAUAUAUCCACCAGACUACUACAGCGUGCUAGCGUGGCCUGACACGCCUCUUCCCUUUGUUUAUCAAAAGAGACAUAAAAUGUGUAAAAAGUGAGAUGUUUCCUGCCUGAUGCUGUAAAGAAUGCUUUGUAUUUGAAAAUAGAUUUACAAUGCUAAGUGAAAUAUGAUUUAAACUAAAUAAACAUGACAUUUUAU